AUGGCUACCGGUAUCUCAACUUCAGACUAUCUUAGCAUCAACAAUCUCGCCUUUGAAUGGGCAGAGAGCUACGACACUAAGGACUGGGGCCGUCUGAAAGAAUGCCUUGCACCCGCGAUCCGCCUAGACUUUAGUUAUCUCCGUGGGGAAAAACAUGAGAAUCUCACCCCGGAAGCGUAUUCGACCAUCCUCAUUGGCAUGAUUGGAGACAAGCGGUUGAAGACGCAGCAUCUCCUAGGCGUGGGACAGUGGGAGCUCCAGAGUGACGGUGUCGUCCGCGUCGCGUGGCAGAUCCGAGCGGCCCAUAUACGAUAUGCCGACGAGACUCUCGCAGAGGUGACAAACCACGGCCAUGGCCACGGCGUCACCACUCAUUGGUACAAGAAGGUUGACGGCGUUUGGAAGAUAGAGGGCGUCGCGCCUAGACUUGAGUUCCAAGAGUAUGACUUAUUCGGCACCCUUGCGGCGCCUGAAGAAGUAAAAAAUUAA